UUUUCUUGAUCUCAAUCGUCAAAUACCUCCGUGCGGAGUAAAUCAAUUUAAGCUUGAAAAAAGCUGAUCUCGUAAUCUGGGAUACAUGGUCUGAAAAAUUGAGCUCUCUAUCAAUCAAUAGACCCAGAUCUCUAGCACUGUCAUAUGCCUUCAGCUUUACUCCCUCUACACAUAUGUUCAAACUGUUCACAAUAUUCUCAUAAUCUCUCUUGCCCGUAAAGACCAACAUUUUACUUUUAUCUGGGUUUAUGUUCAGAUUAUGGUGCAGUGAAAUAUUCCUUAAAACCUCCAAGUCCGAAUUUAUUCUGUCAGAAGACAGCAAUAUGUCCUCCGGCAAGAACCUGAAUAACAAUUGCGCAUCAUCAGCAAAUAGUUCGACCAUGCAAAAUUUCAACCUAGAAAAAACAUCGGCUGUGUAGAUGAUGUACAUCAGAGGACCAAGAAUAGAUCCCUGUGGAACUCCAGCCAAAACAUCCCUCCUGCUAGAAAGCCUAUCACCAACCCUUAUAGUCUGCGUACGGAGUGCCAGAAAUGAAGAUAUCAAAGAAAGCGAAGAGAAAGAGAAACCAUAGUAUUUCAGCUUCGCACACAACAACUUAUGAUUGAUAGUGUCGAAGGCUUUGCUGAAAUCCAGCAGAACGAGUACAUCUAUGAAUCCCCGAUCAAGAUCACGGAAAAUAGCAUCAGUCACCGACAGGAGACAUGUAGCCGUGCUACAUCCCUUCCGAAAGCCAGACUGAUAGGAAGGACCUUCGGCAAGGGAACCCCAACAGCAGUUUUCCAGGUGGUCGGAAAUACACCUUUAAGAAUGCAACUAUUCACUAGGUGCAGUAUGAAGGGAUCAAUAAAUGGCCUACAAAAAUUGAGCAUCCCAAUGUCUAUAGAAUCUGCACCCAUUGACUUGGUCUUGAUAUCAUUAAGCAAAUCGGUAACCAAUGCCUGCUCUACAAUGUGGAAGUCAAACGACAAUGACCGGUCAAACUUAUUUUCAUUAUAGAAGGAAGUUCUCUCCAUACAUAAUGCAUCAUUCGUGGUGGCAUUAAAUUGUGCAAAAUAAUCAUUAAUUACUUC